CUACAGCAACGCAGAGGUCGAUGUGCUGGGGGGAGUUGUGGAAUUGUAAAACUCGCCCAUGCAUUGUCUACUUUUUGGGAUUGAUUAAACGGAAACCCAGCAAAACAAGGACUGAGACGUAUUUAAAAACCUAACCGAUCCAGGAAUCGUUCGUAUAUGAGAACAAAAAAUGAGCAAACCAGGUCUGUUAUCAGGUUCGCUGCAUCCUUCAGUGUUGGGAACAACACCACCAACAUCCAUGUUAUUGACUGCCGCUGAAAUCAUUUUGGGUUUUCGGACCUAACUUAAAUCGGAGAGAGAUAAUUUAACCUUUUGUUCCUCUGGUAUUAGCAAAGGACGAGUUAAAUGCGUUGAGUUCAAGUAUAAUAUUACCAGAUAUAGCUUCUCUUGCUAGCUAGCUAGCCAACUAGCUACUUUUUUUUUUUUUUUAUAAAAUAAUUUAUUCAUUAGCUUGCAAAAUGUUUGCCCUUUAAAAUGGCUGCUCAGAAUAUCUUAUUUGAAUAGAGCGGUUGUGAAAUAAAAGUAUUAAUAGUAUAUUCUAUAUUCUAAUUCUGAGGCGCAAAUUAGGCUACUCGUCAGGGACAAUGCGCUUCUUUUUACGGAAUCUUUGUUUCUAUGGUUUGGAUAAUUUUACGACCUCUGUAGGAUAAUAGCGGGAGCUAACAAGCACAACAUCACGGUUUAUUCGUGGCCAACAUGUAAUGUACUUUUUGGAACAUUAUAAUAGAAUAGUAGCCUAUUUUGUGUGACUGGGAUUUCCUUACGCAUGUAGGCUACUUUAUGCUCAGCUAGCAGGGCUUGCUUGGUAGCUCGCGUAUCAUAGGCUAUGAGCGUUUUAAUGGUGGAAAACGAUCGAAUAAUUGCGUUACGUAUCUAAGGAAUUCCCAAAGCCAACUAUUCAAGUCACAAAUAAGUAAUUCUGGAGAAUUCUUGGAAUAACUGGGAAAACCAGUCAGUUCAAAACUGAAAAGACGGACGUCUUACGCAGCCUGUAUCUCCGUAUCCGUUCAAAAUAAUAAAAUGGAUGCUGGAAACAUGCUGGGAGACUGGGGACUAUUUCUUUUCAGAAGGAAGAGAUGUUCUCACUUUGGAUGGCUGCAUUUCAACAAAUAUCUGUUGAUUUACAUUAUUUUCUACCUGGUGAUGCACGGCGAAGGAUCUCCGAAAUCAUGUGAUAAAAACUGCUUUUCUGGUAAAUGUUUGAAUGGAUCAUGCGUCUGCGAUCAAGGGUGGGUCGGAGAUAAGUGUCAACACUGCCAAGGAAGGUUCAAACUAACUGAGCCGUCGGGCUUUCUGACGGAUGGACCAAUCAACUACAAAUACAAGACCAAGUGCACGUGGCUCAUUGAAGGAUACCCAAAUGCGGUACUGAGGUUACGGUUCAACCAUUUUGCUACAGAAUGUAGCUGGGACCAUAUGUAUGUGUUCGACGGAGACUCAAUAUAUGCCCCCCUCAUCGCUGUUUUCAGUGGUCUCAUUGUUCCUGAGGUUCAAGGAAACGAAACCGUGCCAGAAGUGGUGACCACAUCCGGAUACGCCCUCCUUCACUUCUUCAGCGAUGCUGCGUACAACCUGACCGGGUUCAACAUCUUCUACUCGAUCAACUCCUGUCCGAACAACUGCUCGGGCCACGGCAAGUGCAGCACAGGGAACUCCAUCUCCAGCAGGGUGUACUGUGAGUGUGAGAAGUACUGGAAGGGAGAGGCCUGUGACAUCUCCUACUGCAGGAACAACUGUGGCAGCCCCGACCAUGGCUACUGCGACCUGACCGGGGAGAAGCUCUGCGUCUGCAACGACAGCUGGCAGGGCCCAGACUGCUCGCUGUCUGUUCCGUCCAGCGAGUCCUUCUGGGUCCUCCCCAGCGUGAAGCCCUUCAGCCCAUCGGUGGGCCGGGCGUCCCACAAGGCCAUGGUGCAGGGCACCCUCAUGUGGGUCAUCGGGGGCUACACCUUCAACUACAGCUCCUUCCAGAUGGUGCUAAAUUAUGAUCUGGAGAGCAGCAUCUGGAAUGUGGUUCCCAUCAACAGUGGCCCGCUUCAGCGAUACGGUCACUCCCUGGCCUUCUACCAGGACGAGGUGUACAUGUUUGGGGGUAAGAUGGAGGGCGGUGUGGGGAACGUGACGGACGAGCUGUGGGUGUUCAGCCUGCCCAGCCGCUCCUGGUCCCAGCGGGCGCCCGCCGUGCCGGCGCACGGGCAGAUCUACGCCGUGGAGGGGCACUCGGCCCACGUGGCCGAGCUGGAGAACGGAGAGGCGGUCAUGGUGGUCUUCUUCGGCUACUCAUCCCUGUACAGCUACAUCAGCAACGUGCAGGAGUACAACCUGAAGACGAACACGUGGCUGGUCCCCGAGACGAACGGAGCCAGCGCCCAGGGCGGGUACGGUCACAGCAGCGUAUACGACCGCAUGACCAGGUCGGUGUACGUGCACGGGGGCUACAAGGCCCUGCCGGGGAGCAAGUACGGCCUGGUGGACGACCUGUACCGCUACGAGGUGCGCUCACGCACGUGGACGAUCCUGAGAGAGAGCGGUUUGGCACGGUACCUCCACUCCGCCGUCCUCCUCAGCGGCGUCAUGCUCGUCUUCGGGGGAAACACCCACAACGACACAUCACUAAGCAACGGGGCCAAGUGCUUCUCCUCGGACUUCCUGGCUUAUGAUAUCGCCUGCGACGAGUGGAAGGUAUUGCCGAAGCCCAACCUUCACCGUGACGUGAACCGCUUCGGUCACUCUGCGGUCGUCAGUAAUGGGUCGAUGUACUUGUUUGGAGGGUUCUCCAGUGUUUUGCUGAAUGACGUGCUGGUGUACCGGCCUCCCAGCUGCGACGCCUUCCGCUCUGAGGAGGCGUGCCUGCGCCCGGGCCCCGCCGUUCGCUGCGUCUGGAGCAGCAGCCGCUGCGUCUCCUGGGACCCCGGCCACACCAACGGCAGCCUCCCCUCCACGUUCUGCCCCGCAAAAGUCUCAGCGGACGAGAGGUGCUACAGGUACUCCGACUGCUCCAGUUGCACGUCCAACACUAACGGCUGCCAGUGGUGCGAUGAUAAAAAAUGCAUCUCCAACUCCAGCAACUGCACUUUGUCAGUUAAGAACUUCAGCAAGUGUCACGUGAGGAAGGAGCAGGUGUGCAUCCGGCUAGCUACCUGCCGGGCCUGCGCUCUCAAUCUCAACUGCCAAUGGGAUCCUCAACAGCAGGAGUGCCACGCCCUGCCUGCCCACCUCUGUGGGGACGGCUGGAACCGCGUGGGCGAGGCCUGCCUGCGGAUAAACUCCAGCCGGGAGAGCUACGACAACGCGCAGCACUACUGCAAGAACCUGGACGGCAGCAUCGCCUCGCUGACCAGCGCCAAGCAGGUGGACUUUGUCCUGGAGGAGCUGCAGAAGUUCGAGCUGCAGGAGAAGAAGAUCUCCCCGUGGGUAGGGCUGAGGAAGAUCAACGUGUCUUACUGGGGCUGGGAGGACUCGUCCCCUUUCACCAACACCUCCCUGCAGUGGCUGCCGGGCGAGCCCAGCGAUUCGGGGUUCUGCGCGUACCUGGACCGGGCCGAGGUGUCGGGCCUGAAGGCCAACCCCUGCACCGCCACCACCGAUGGGCUCAUCUGCGAAAAACCUGUCGUGAGCCCCAAUCAGAAUGCUCGGCCAUGCAAGACCCCCUGCUCCCUGCGCAACUCUUGUACCAACUGCACCAGCCAGGCCAUGGAGUGCAUGUGGUGUAGCAGCACCAAGCGCUGCGUCGACUCCAACGCCUACGUCAUCUCCUUCCCCUACGGACAGUGCCUGGAGUGGCAGACCGGAGAGUGUGUGGCUCAAAACUGCUCCGGUCUGCGCACCUGCGCCCAGUGCCUGGAGCAGCCGGACUGCGGGUGGUGCAGCGACCCCAGCAACACGGGGAGGGGCCAGUGCGUGGAGGGGUCCUACCGGGGGCCCAUGAAGAGUGCGGCGUCCAAGCAGAGCCGCGACAUGGUGCUGGAGCCCGGGCUUUGCCCCCGCGACCGCGGCUACGACUGGGCCUUCAUCUCCUGCCCGGCAUGCCAGUGUAACGGGCACAGCACCUGUGUGAAUGGCAGCGUGUGCGACCAGUGCCGAAACCUCACCACUGGACAGCAGUGCCAAACCUGCAUGCCCGGUUACCACGGAGACCCCACCAACGGCGGAAAGUGUCAAGCUUGUAAAUGUAACGGACAUGCCAAUGUGUGCCAGGUCCUGACUGGGAAGUGCUACUGUACGACCAAAGGCAUCAAAGGAGACCAGUGCCAGCUGUGUGACUCAGAGAAUCGUUACCUGGGCAACCCCCUGAGGGGAACGUGCUACUAUAACCUGCUGAUUGACUACCAGUUCACAUUCAGCUUGCUGCAGGAGGAUGACCACCAUUACACUGCUAUCAACUUCAUGGCCACGCCUGAACAGACCAAUAAGAACCUGGAGAUGUCAAUCAACGCUUCAAACAACUUCAACCUUAACAUCACCUGGUCUGUGGGCUCGACAGCUGGGACCAUAUCGGGGGAGGAGGUGCCCCUCGUCUCCAAGAGCAACAUCCAGGACUACCGAGACACCUUCUCCUGCGAGAAAUUCAGCUUCCGCACGAACCCCAACAUCACCUUCUACGUCUACGUCAGCAACUUCUCCUGGCCAAUCAAGAUUCAGAUCGCCUUUGCCCAACACAACAGCAUCAUGGACCUGGUUCAGUUCUUUGUCACGUUUUUCAGCUGUUUCCUGUCUCUGUUGCUGGUGGCGGCCGUCGUGUGGAAGAUCAAACAGACCUGCUGGGCAUCCAGGCGUAGAGAGCAACUGAUGAGAGAGCGGCAGCAGAUGGCGAGCCGGCCCUUUGCGUCAGUGGCUGUGGCCCUGGAGUCCGUUGCCGUGGCGCCGGAGGUGGGGGCAGAGCAGACGGAACUCUUGCCAGGGCCAGCCGAGGGUGCCCCAAAGCCCAUCGCCAUGGAGCCCUGCUCCGGGGGCAAGGCUGCUGUGCUCACUGUCUUAAUGUGUCUACCCCGGGGUUCAUCCACAGUGCCCCCACCAGGCCAGUCUGGCAUCGCCAUCGCCAGCGCGCUCAUCGACACGUCGCAGCACAAACCCAUGGACUUCAAAGAGAAGAGCUCCGGCCUGAAGAACCGCAAACAGCUCCCUGCGCCGCACCAGGGGACGUGCGUUUGAACCCCGCACCCACAACCCCGACCGUGCCCAUACUCUCCGCACAGCGCCUCUAACGGCUUCGGACCAUACCGAAGCUGUGCUGCACCAACAUUUUUUAGCGAAACAAAAUGAACACUGUUUCGUAUCGACAGUUUUCAUCCGCUCCUGCAAAUGGAUGAAAGUAUCAACUGCUAUAAGCUCCGCCUUCAUUUCCCAAUCCCAGCCUAAUUUACCUCUCUCCCCACCCCACCUAUGGUGGCCUCUCCCCCUCUGUCUGUGUCUCUCCUCUCCUCCAGUAUCUCCUCGGUCUCCUCCCCACCUCUUUUGGCCCCGCCCCAUUCCCACGGUCCCACAGUACUCCUUUGUGAUUGGCUCACAGCACCUGUGAGGAACAGUGCCUCCCUGCCAUUGGCUCUCGACAGCCUUUAAGGGACAGUUCCUCUCUGUGAUUGGCUCCCAGCUGCCUUUGAAGGACAGUGCGCUGAAACCAAUCUCCUGAGGGAUCUGCUGCUGCACGGUUGGCGUGGGAACGCCAGGAACAGAAAAGGAAUUCAAGACUAUUUUCUGUGCUGGAACUGGAGAGUUAAAUGAGCGCGUGUGUGCGUGCGUGCGUGUGCGUGUGUGUGUGUGCGUGCGUGCGUGUGUGUGUGUGUGUGUGGCCAAGUGUGUGAGAGCAAGUGCGAACGAGAGAGUCUGUGAGGCGUUGCCUAACUGGAAAAGCAUGUUGUUUUUUAAAGGCCAGGUACGGUGUAAGAACACUUCUGUUUUUAAUGGUCUCUAAUCCGUAUGUUUUAUGUCGCUGUAUGUGAAUCGCCGCUGUAGGAGAUUAAUUGGGACACGCCGCUUUGGGAGAUGAAUCGGGACACACAGGAGUGUCUCCAGGUCACAAACCCAAUGCACCUACAAAAGAGGGACCCUGCUCUCUAUUGCCCCCUAGAGAUGACUGAAAUGGCAAGGGGACUCAUGUAAGGGUGUCUAAUGCACCUCCAUGUUGGUGUUGCAGCCAGCAACGGGAAAGGGGUUCUGUACCCCUGAUAAGCAAGUGUAGCUAUGGGUGUGGCGAUACCCUGUCUCUAGCAGCUGUGUGUGUGUGUGUGUGUGUGUGUAUGUAUGUGUAUGUGUAUGCGUGAGUCUGCGUGUGUGUGUCUGCGUGUGUUUUUGGUGAGAAAGCGCAGGUUAGAACAAAUGAGUCUCAACCCAAAUGUGAAGAACAAAUACAAUUUGAGUGUUUAUGCUUUCUGUUGUUAAUUUUGGUUUACGAUUUGUUUUGUUUGUUGGUUUUUACUAAAGGAUGAUAAUAGAUGCAUGCUCCUCCCUCCUGCAGUCAUAUCUAAGGUUAUGAUAAAACCCCUACAGUAUGUGUUAGUCACUAUUUUUUUAAACGAACCAUAAAAAUAAAAAUAAAGAAAGGAUUUAUCCUCUGUUACAUAUCACGAAUCUGCAGUGUGUUUCAGAUUUGAACAGACAGGUGGGACAAUAAAAUAUGGAAUCGGUGUUAAAUUUCCAUCUUAAAAAAAGAAA